AUGUCAUCUACCACCAACUCACUUGACACUGACCAGAAUAUGGCCUCUCCUAACAAUGGAGAUGCACUGGCCUUGUUCCAACUCCUUGCACAGCUCAUACAAGGACAGCAAGAUGUUGGACAAGCAGUGACUCAAAUUUUAAAUCAGCCAGCACUAGCACCAUGGACACAACCCACAGCACCUCCCAAGGCAUCAGUUACAGAGCCUGACAUCUAUGAUGGAAAAUACAACACCUUCAAUCCUGUUAUGAGCCAGCUCUAUCUAUUGUUCUCUGCCAAACCAGCCGUCUAUGUUGAUGACCAGAUGAAGAUUAUUACGGCCUUAUCUUUUAUGAAGAAAGGCUUUGCAGGAACUUAG